GAUCCAUCCUCAUCGUCGCCCAUCGCAUCAUCGCCCAUCGCAUCGCCCACCGAUCCUCCCCUCGCCCACCCCUGUCGCCCUCCAUCUGUCCGUCUGCCAGCCCGUCGCCAUGAGCUACUAUCCCCCGCAGCUCCAGCAGGCCCAGCAGCAAGGCAUGUACUCGAACCCGAUGAACCCGCCUGCGCUCUUCAACCUGCAAUCGCAGCAGCCGCUCCAUCCCUCGAACCCACAGGCGUACAACCCCCAGCAGCAGCAGCUGAGCCUGCAGCACCAGCUCUUGCACCAGCAGCACCAACAACAGCAACAACAGCAACAGCAACAGCAGCAGCAACAGCAACAACAACAACAGCAGCAGCAGCAGCAGGCCCAGUACGACGACGAAAAGAUCUACGAGCUAAUCCUGGCCCUCACCAACCCGGCGACCCGCGAAAAUGCCCUGCUGAAGCUCAGCAAGCGCAGAGAGGCCUACGACAACCUGGCUCCGAUUCUGUGGCACUCGUUUGGCAUCAUGGCGGCGCUGCUCCAGGAAAUUGUCUCGGUCUAUCCAAUGCUCUCCCCGCCAACUCUGACCGGCCAGGCCUCCAAUCGAGUCUGCAACGCCUUGGCCCUGCUGCAAUGCGUCGCGAGCCACAACGAGACCCGGGGGCUCUUCCUGAACGCGCAUAUCCCUCUGUUCCUCUACCCGUACCUCAACACCCAGAGCAGAACCCGUCCGUUUGAAUACCUCCGCUUGACCAGCCUGGGCGUCAUCGGUGCUCUGGUCAAGAACGACAACAGCGAAGUCAUACAGUUCCUGCUUUCGACCGAAAUCAUCCCCCUCUGUCUGCGGAUCAUGGAAACUGGCAGUGAGCUGUCCAAGACGGUCGCCAUCUUUAUUGUCCAAAAGAUUCUGCACGAUGAAAUGGGUCUGAGCUACAUCUGCCAAACCUACGAUCGCUUCUUUGCCGUCAGCACGGUGCUCUCCAACAUGGUCAGCCAGUUGAGCGACAUGGAGUCGGCUCGUCUGCUGAAGCAUAUCAUCCGCUGCUACAUGCGACUGUCGGACAACCCGCGCGCACGCGAGGCCCUCCGCCAGUGCCUCCCAGAUACCUUAAGAGACGGCACCUUUGUCGCGCUCCUGAAGGACGACAUCACGACAAAGAGAUGUCUGACGGGUCUUUUGAUGAAUUUGGAAGAAAACGGAGCCUAACUAACUCUGAUGCUGGACCGUCCCAAUUGCAUAUGCCACUUGCCCACACAUUCACGCACUCACUAUAGUAGCAUACCCCCUUCCCCCACCCGCGCUUAUCUCUAUCCAUCUAUUACUUUCUCUGUCUCAACCUCCCCGCCGCCGGGGGGUUUGUCCCCCUCCCUUCCCGGCAGCGGCAGACUGUUAUGAUCAGAAACGCACUCACUCGUGUGUCCAUGUACAGCUUUUCCCACGAUGCACAUGAAAAAUAAGAAACAAAGAAACUGAG